AUGACGAACGUGCGCAAACCCAGAAUCGCCGAAAGAAUCGACUCUUACGUGGCCAAUAACCUCCCCGAUCCAGCAGAUCCUCAGUUCACAGACGGCUCGAUGAAUGGAUUCUAUGUGCCCAACUCUAUGAACACUGUAGCGCAUCAGUCCAGGUUGAUGGAUGAGAAUGGUGCCAGUUUGAGUGGCGCCUUUCAAUUUGGUACUGGAUCCCUUCACGGUUGUACCAUGCUGACGAUCGUGAGCAACAGAGCCGUCUGGAUGGCGCACUUCUGGGAAGGCCUCGCGUGGAACAAGGCAGACACGUGGACCACUGUUGACCAGGAAAACCUCCAAGACUAUGUCAUUGGAGCCCUUCUUGGCAAUGGCAAGAAUAUGGAUAAUGUUGAUCCGAUUGACUGGAGUCUAUUCAACGACGACUGUGACGAAACUCGUGUGUUCUGGAUGACUCCGGCUUACAUGAACAGCGAAACGUCACCUGCGAACUACGCAUUGUAUAAGGAGAAAAUUAAAAAGGUUCAGGCUGUUAUUGACGAGCAUCUCGAGAGCCCUGAAACGGAGACAUUUCUGUAUCAGCGACUGAUGUACAACUAUAACGGCGGCUCACCCACGGGCACAAACUCGAGAAACAUCGACACAGGGGCCUACGGACAGACUAUGUUUCAGUAA